UUUCAGAAUGGGGAUCGAGAAACAUGCUUGUAAGGUAGCGGGCACCCGCAAGAUCAUUCUGAUCUACUCAUUGGUUGGACUGCUCACAUUCUCGUACUUUGUUUGUGCUGAGCCGCGCAUACUCAUCCGAGCCAAUAACUUUGUUCAUCUGGCUUUGCAUGCCAUUGUCUUGUUCGGUGUGUAUAACAACACUGAACGUAGUCUUCGCUGGUCCGCGAACAUUGUCUACUUCUACGUCCUCUUGUACUUUGCCAUCUUCUUGGUUUUUCCUGUAAUGUUGGCCAGUUGCAAGGCAUCUGGAAUCUUGCCAGGAAUAACUGAAGGCAAAGUGUUGAAAAUGAUCGACAAGGUACUCGGUAGAAACAACGAACCCUUCGGAAAUGAGACUGCUGCCCAAAUCGACGUCCAUAUCAAGCAUCAACUUUUCAAAGUGUUCGGAGACGAUUUCACCAAGAACAAAGUUAAUUCCAUGAUUCUGUGUGAUAUAUCCAGAAAACAACUUUUGAAAAUGCCACAACACUCAGACUUCAAACUAAUGGAACAAAGCAGAAUUUACUUGGACAACUACGCCUCCAAAGUCGUCUUUGAGAAGAUUCUCCAGGAUGUCAGAAGAGAUGAUGAGUGUAUGUAUGGACUUAUCGCUGGAUUAGGAAUGGGGCUCUUCUGCUACAUGCUAUACGGACUGAUCUACCUCGAGCACGCUAUGCUCAAACAACUUUGGUCCAUUGCUGUGAUUGUCAAACCGACCGAGGAGAACUACUCAAACUUCUAAUUUUUAUGAAAUAAUCUCUCAUUCUCCUGAUCUCUUUAAAUGUUCUCAUAAAAACAACUCAAAUAAAAUCGACGUUAUCCCAAA